CCAUCUCUAUGGGAGGAGCCUCUCUUUGGGUGAUCGAGAAUGGCUUUGGCUGAUAAAAGGCUCGAAAACCUACAGAUCUACAAAGUCCUCCAGUGCGUCCGUCAGAAGGACAAGAAGCAGAUCGAGAAGCUCACCAAACUUGGGUACCCGGAGCUCAUCAACUUCACUGAGCCCGUCAAUGGAGACAGCGCUCUUCACUUGGCCUCCGUGGCCAAUGACGUUGACAUGGUCCACUUCCUCUUAGAACUCGGGGCUCACCCGGAUGUCCAGGAUCGCAUGGGGCGCACUCCGGCCAUGAAAGCGGCUGAACUCGGCCAUGACUUAGUCUUAGAUGUGCUAGUGCAGGCAGAGGCAGACAUGACGAUAGUGGACGAGGAAGGAAAAGGUAUUCUGUUCUAUUGCAUUUUGCCCACCAGGCGGCACUUCCGCUGUGUCCAGAUGGUCCUGGAGUACGGGGCGGAUGUGAACAAUGUGACCUUUGAUGGGAAGCCGGUUUUCCUUCAAGCCUGUGAGCAAGCGCAUGAGAUCAAGGAAACGUGCAUGAUGUUCUUGGAAAGAGGAGCAAACCCCAAUGCAGUAAACCUAGCAACGGGACGCACGGCCCUCAUGGAAGCGUCGAGAGAAGGUGUCAUAGAAAUCGUCCGCGGCAUCCUGGAGAGAGGGGGCGAUGUUAACAUUUUUGACAACGAGAGACACCACGCUGCGCAUUUUGCGGCCAAAGGAGGCUAUUUCGAGAUCCUGAAGAUUAUUUCUGCUUACGACGGAGAUGUGGGCCUCAUCGCUAUGAAUGGAAACACCCCCCUUCAUUAUGCGGCUGCCGGAGGCUUCACGGAAUGUUGCAAAUUUAUUGGGCAAAGAGGCACCGAUCCAACGUGGAGGAAUCUGGAGAAAAAGACGCCCAGAGCUGUCGCGAAAGACGCUGGAUGUAAAGCAGCCGCCAAGGAGAUCCGUAAAAUUGAACGGCGUUUUGCCAAAUAUAACAAGCCGAAACCCGGGGUCAAGAAUCCCAACCCGCCCUGGGCUGUUCGGCUGCACGACUGGUCGGCGGAGCACCAGGCGAGUCUCCGGGAGGCCUUUGAGGCGGUGGAUCGAGGUGACGGAAUGGUCUCCAAAGAAGACUUCAUUGCUGUCAUCGAGGAAAGGUGCCCCUUCGUGGACCCCGAACUGCUCCCCACCAUCGUGCAGGCCCACGAGAAGACCCGUGCUGGGGGAGUGAACAUCGAGGAGUUCCUCAAGGGCAACCGGUACUUGCAGAAAGCGUUCCUCCUGUCGUCUUACGGCCCCAAGAAGAAGAAGGGGAAGAAGGCGAAAGGCAAGAAGGCCAAAUUUGCCAUCCCCUUGCCCAUUUGCGUCAUCCCGGAGGGGUCGCGGACACGGCGCACGGAUGGCGGCCCCCCCGAUUACAUGGUCCAGACUUACCAGAACGUCACCGACUGCAGCCGAUUCAACCGCGACCACCCGCCCGAGCACCCCAUCCACGACGAUUCCUGGUGGUACAUCGACGACCCGAUGAAAAGCUUUUCCAACAUUAACUACCUCACGAAGGCUGGAGACCUUUCGUCCCUGAAGAAGGCUUUUGAGGCGGGGGUCCCAGUGGACGUGAGGGACCAUUACUACAAAACGCCGUUGAUGGCGGCCUGCGCUAGUGGAAAUAUAGAAGCCGUGAAGUUCCUUAUAGAGAAAGGGGCUGGCGUGAAUGCCACAGACAAUUUCAUGUGGACCCCUCUCCACCACGCCUGCCAUGCCGGUCAGCAGGAUAUCGCUGAAUUCCUCGUCAAGUCUGGAGCCAAUAUCGAUGCCCUCACAAUCAACGACGGCACCCCGCUCAUGAGAGGCAUUGAGAGCUCCCGGCUGGACACGGUGCAAUAUUUAGUCAACAGCGGGGCUAAAGUUCAGCUGACAAACAGAAGAGGUGUAAAUGCUCUGGAGAUUGCAAGGGCCUACGCUGACAAUCGCUUAGUCCACUUCGUGCAAGACACGAUGGAUAAAUUGCCCUUCUCGCCUGAAAACAAAGUGGAUAAACAGAAAGGGAAGAAGCCCGCCAAGCCGAAACCGCCUGCCCCACCGCCCAAGCCCAAGGCUGCAGAGUCUGCUGUGAAGGAGGCCGGGAAAGAAGAGGUGGGGAGCACAGAGCUGGCCAAAGUGGCACCUCCAGGAGCCCCCAAGGAGUCUCCGCAGCCGUCUGUCAUUGAGAAAUCUUUCUUUGAGGAGAAGAAAGAACCUUUCAGGGAUAACGUCGUCCAUCUGAACUCACUAAUAACUAGAGGAGCUACCAGGAAAGUCAACAUCACUUUUACACCAAAGAGGACAUGGAGUCCAGAAUCAUCGACCAAAGACCUCAUCAGGAAGAGGGAGAUGCGCCGGCAGCGUUUUACUUAUGAGGUGGACUUUGAGGACUUCAUGAUGCCUUUCAAGAAGAAUUUCAUGCAAAAGGCCCGUAACUUGAAUCAGGCGCUGGCCUUACGCUGACCGCUGGGCGAUUUCUGCGCGGAAAGAAAUUAUACGAGCCCAAGAAGAGACCCCUUAGAGAAGGCCUAAUCAUGUUGCUUCUGAUUGUGAUAAAUGUUUACAUUCGUU